AUGGAUACUAAAAAUAGAUUUGUAGUAUCCUAUACACGAUACCAUACUAAUCUUAUUUGGACACGAAAUAAUAAAAACAAAGAAAUUUUUGUUAAUCUAAUGAAUGCAAAAGCUGAAAAUUACGAACAAAAAGAUAAGCGCAACUGUUUUGAAAAUAGUGAUACUGAGAAUUUUAAUUUUAAAAUGGAAGAACAAAAAUUAGCCUUAAAGGAACGUAGUCUUUAA